GUUAACGAGACACGGCGGAAGAGAAAGAGAGACGGGGAGACGAAGUAAAUAAGGAGAAGACUGCCAACCAAUGGUCGGAGACCGCUGACAAGUUAAAAACAGCCGAAGGUUGCUCAAAAACUUAACGCGAAUAUGACCGUAGAAAGUCGCGAGUGUCAGUUUCGUGGUUCGUCGCCGCGGACGAAUGUUGAGAACGCGGUCCUACGACUUUCUACUUCCGGCUGAUUUAUCGCCCGUAGUAUGAUUUACCGCCGGUAUAUUUCAAAAGUAGUCCCGGCCGCUACCGGUGAAUUUACGUCCGCGUGAAUCGCGCUCGUGACAUCGACGCUCGAGUAGAGGGGCAGAGUCAGAAUGAACUCGAGACGAGACGAAGAACCCGCCACCGUUGCCGACGAAACGACGUGACGUUACAUCGCUCGGCUAGUCCAUAAAUAUUAUUUGUGUUCGAUUGACGAACGCCGCGAGUCGCGGACGCGGGACGAGAAGUAUUCAUUCGCGCGACGAAACGAAGGAGACAGAGAGAAAGGGAGAAAAAAGAAAACGAAAGAAGGAGCUUGGAAUUGAAAAGAAGUAGGCGACAAAGUUCCUGAAGAGACGAAACAUCGCUCACGGGCCAACUCGCCGGGGACAAAUGUAAAUUUAAAAGGUGCCUUGUACUGAGAGCCAGCUGCAACCGUGUUAAUCAGUAGAAUUAGUGCACGCGCGGUCAUCCUCGGCAUGACAGACACGGAGAAAAAGUACACUAGCGCCUAUGGAAGGCUGCGAAGAUUGACGAGUACUAUAGACGGCCAGAUUCGACAGAUCAGUAAUUCAAAGAGGCGUUCAUGCUCUUCGACAAGGACGAGGAUGGCACAAUCACGAUGGCGGAACUCGGCGUGGUCAUGCGAUCACUGGGACAGCGACCGUCUGAGACGGAAUUACGAGAUAUGGUGAACGAGGUGGAUCAAGAUGGCAACGGUACCAUCGAGUUCAACGAGUUCUUGCAGAUGAUGUCAAAGAAGAUGAAAGGUGCCGACGGAGAGGACGAAUUGCGCGAAGCAUUCAGAGUGUUCGACAAGAACAACGACGGUCUGAUCUCGUCGAAGGAGUUGCGACACGUGAUGACGAAUCUCGGGGAGAAGCUGUCGGAGGAAGAAGUGGACGAUAUGAUCAAGGAAGCGGAUUUGGAUGGCGACGGAAUGGUGAACUACGAAGAAUUAGUUCGGUGGUCACGGAUCGGACAAGAAGCUAUCCAGCUGCCGGAAGUCUUCGUCGAAAAACAGAAUCAAGCCCGUGAAGUUCCUCCCCCGAGUCGUAGCAGGACGUUCAUCCCCUCCAACCCUACCGACCGAGGCAUCGACUACGAAACUCAUACGAGAUUAACAACGUACCAGGGGGAAACUAGCUGA